AUGGCUGAUGAGGAUCGGUCGGCAGACGUCGAUGAGAAGGGCGAGAACGAAGAUCACGACAACCAGUACAUCGGUGAGAAUCACCAGGAUAUGACUGAUCAGGCGGAUGAUGGUCAUGAUGAUGACGAGUCUGUCUCGGCUAAUUUUGGAUCGGAGGUGGACGAGGACGUGAGCGAUCCGACCGACGAGCAGGAAUCGAUCCACGAGCAGGGUCAGGAUGCCAAGGAUCAUACGGAAUCCGGCCGGAGCAAGAACUCACCCGACGGUGGCAAUGCCGGUGCUGAACCGACCGCAACGGAACGAUCCAUGCUUGAGAAGACCGUACUUCCAGAAGGCCUGCGAAAGCGAGUGGAACAGGACGAUACCCUGCCAGAAGCUGAGAAGAACCAGCUUGAAGAACGAAUAGAAGAACGUCGCACCGGCUUAUACCGAUUGGUGCCAAGAACAUCAGAGUCUCAAAAAAUCGACGCCAAGCUAUGA